CCCAAAAUUUUGUAGUUUGUAUUAAAACAUAUUUAAGCGUUCGUCUUUAUUUUCCAAAAAUUUUUAGUGUAUGUAUUUGAUAUUGUUAGGUUUUUAUUUAUAAAUUGUAAGUCUAUCGUGUGAGCGUGUCGCAGAACUAUUUACAUAUAUUGGAAGCCUUAGCAAAAGCUUAUAAAAAGUGGUUUGAUCUGAAUCUACCUAAAGUGGUUGGUGAAAAUAGUGCAAACGGCUUGGGCAGAAUGAACGCCAAGGAUAUAUUAAUGCGAGCAGUUCAAUGUGAUCAGGCGGGCCGAAUUUUGGAAGCCCAAAAUCUUUACCAAGAUGGCAUACAAAUUCUCAUGGAUCUUGUAUCAGACGAAAAUGACGUUGCAAAGAAAAAAGUAUUUUACGAGAGGAUUAAAGAAUAUAUAGACCGUGCCGAACAAAUUAAGGAACGUGUACAAAAUCAUGUUAUCCGUGGAGAACUUGUAACAAACAUACCAAUAGAUGAGGAUUCCGCUGGCAAUAGUUAUGAAUCGCUUUUUGGAAAGUACCUUAAUGCUGAAGUAAAAGAGGUCCUGCUGGAAGAACCUUACCUUCAUGAAAAAUAUCAUUUUCAGAAUCUAAUAACGUUUCUGGAGUUGCUAGUAAAAAACUGCAGGCAUCUCAAAUAUGUCCGAGUGGUGACAAAAACUGAUAACAAAGCAUCUGAAAACCAAAAAACCAUAUUAGAGCAGAUUAGAACUGAUAUGGCAAGACGAAAUGUCUCUUUAACAUAUAAAUUCGAAGACACCUUGCAUGACCGCAAAAUUGUUCUCAGCAAUGGUUAUAUCAUAAAAAUUGGUCGUGGUUUGCAUUUUUUUAAAGCCACCAAUCCUCUCUUUAGCCUUGGAUUAUGUGAUUAUGACUUUCGCAAAUGUUUACAAACAGAUGUGGAUAUUUGGCGAACUAAAAA